UUGGACUGGAUAUGUUACAUAUGGGAAAGGUCUAGCAUGGUUAAAUGGAGAAGAAAUUGGAAGAUAUUGGCCCAGGAAAAAUUUACAUCAAGAGUGUGUUAAAAAAUGUGACUAUAGAGGCAAAUUCAAUCCUGACAAAUGUGACACUGGCUGUGGAGAACCCACCCAGAAAUGGUAUCAUGUUCCAAGAUCUUGGUUCAAGCCAUCUGGAAAUGUUCUUGUUAUUUUUGAAGAGAAAGGUGGUGAUCCAACAAAAAUUAGUUUCUUGAGACGUAAAGUUUCUGGUGCAUGUGCCCUUGUGGCAGAGGAUUUCCCCUCCCUUGGUCUUGAUCUUGAGAGUGAAGAUAAAUUUGAGAACUACAAAAACACGCCUUUUGCCCGUCUAGCGUGCCCCAAAGAUACUCGCAUCUCUGCUAUAAAAUUUGCUAGCUUUGGAACUCCUUCAGGAACAUGUGGAUCCUACCGCAUGGGAGAUUGCCAUGAUCCAAAUUCUAGUUCACUUGUCGAAAAGGCGUGCUUGAACAAAAAGGAGUGUGUCAUAAAGUUAAAUGAAGAGAAUUUCAAGAAAAACUUGUGUUCUUCCAGCUUAACUAGGAGACUGGCAGUGGAGGCAGUGUGUAGCUGAUACUAAGAGUCAAUGCAUCACACCAUUUAUGUAGAAGAAAUAAGCUUAGUUGAAUAGGAGAAGCACAAGCAAGUUUUGGACUCUUCUUGCUUUUCAUAAUUCUUUAUAAUAAUUUUGUUUGCUUUUCUCUUCUUGCUGUGAGAAGGAAAUAAGUAUAGUUUUUCUAAAUUACCAACUAAAGAUGAUGUGGGUGGUAAAAGUCCUUGUCAUUUAAGCAAUUUAUUGGGAGUUUACAAUUUA